AUGUUGAUUUUAUUCCGAAAGGAGAAUAACAAGACUACCGGAACAGUAGGCCUGAAGGUAGUCCACCAGACGUCCAGUACGAUCAGCUCGGCCAAUCUAACAUUCACAACGAAUAUCCCGGGUGUAUCGCUUCAUUAUAUAAUUGUUGAUCUGCCGGAAUACGGUGUUGUGGAGUGUCUAGAUGAAAGAGAGGGCCAGUUCGAGAUUUGCUCCGCAUUCACACAAAAUGAUAUUGACAGAUCACACGUACGUUACAAACAUUCCAGUGCAGCGCACCCACUGCUCGACUCGUUCAGCUUUCAGGUGAGUGAUAUAACUGUUACCAAACAAUCUGUCAAAACCAAACAAUCUGUCAAAGCUUGUUUGUAA